CGAUCUCGCGUGACCGCGAGCGCAGCCUCUGAGCCUUGCAACAGCAGCAACGGCCGAGCCGGCGGGCGAGGUCAAGAUGGUGGCUCCACGGGCGGGGGAAACGGUGGAGGGAAGCGGAGCCAAACCUUAGUCAGCUGAAAACACCGACUCCCAGGGGCCUCCCGGAAGCCGCUGCCUCCUCAGCCGCCGCCGCCGCCGCCUGCUCCUGCUGGAGACGCGAGCGGGCGGCGGGGCGGGCCGUGAGAGAGACAGGAGAGGAGGGAGGGGCGGAGUUGCCCGCCUCAGCCCCCGCCCCUGGCCGCCGUCCCGGGCCCUGCCCCGCGCGGCCCUCCAGGGCCCGCCCAGCCCCGGUGUGGCAGCGGCUUAUGGCGGCGGUGGGGCCCCCGCAGCAGCAGGUGCGGAUGGCCCGUCGGCAGGUCUGGGCGGCGCUCGAAGUGGCGCUCCGCGUGCCCUGUCUCUACAUCGUCGACGCCAUCUUCAACUCCUACUAUGAUUCCAGCCAAAGCCGGUUCUGCAUCGGGUUCCAGAUCUUCCUCCGGCUUCUCGGUGUAUUUUUAUCCAGUAUUGUCCUGAUACUGUCACAGCGAUCACUUUUCAAGUUUUACAUGUACAGCGCAGCCUUUCUGUUAGCUGCAACUUCAGUGUUGGUAAAUUAUUAUGCUGCUUUGCACAUUGACUUCUAUGGUGCCUACAACACCUCAGCUUUUGGAAUUGAGCUGCUUCCUCGGAAGGGGCCCUCACUAUGGAUGGCACUCAUUGUUCUACAGCUAACAUUUGGAAUUGGAUACAUCUCGCUACUCCAAAUUCAUUCCUUCUAUUCACAAUUAAUUAUUUUGGAUCUCUUGGUUCCUGUAAUAGGCUUAAUCACAGAGCUACCAUUACACGUCCGGGAGCGUCUAGUUUUUAUUUCUUUCUUGAUUCUUACAUUAAACACAGUGCUUGUCUUGGCAAUGAAACUUAAGUGGUUUUAUUAUUCUACACGGUAUGUUUAUCUUUUAGUGAGGCACAUGUAUCGAAUUUAUGGAUUACAGUUAUUAAUGGAGGACACAUGGAAGAGGAUUCGUUUCCCAGAUGUACUGAGAGUCUUUUGGCUAACAAGACUCACAGCUCAGGCGACAGUGUUAAUAUACAUUUUAAGGAUGGCAAAUGAAACUGAUUCCUUCUUUAUUUCUUGGGAUGAUUUCUGGGACCUCAUUUGCAAUCUUAUCAUUAGUGGAUGUGAUUCUACACUAACUGUACUGGGCAUGAGUGCUGUAAUUUCCUCAAUAGCCCAUUAUGUGGGCCUUGGAAUAUUGGCCUUUAUUGGAUCAACAGACGAAGAUGACAGGCGGCUUGGCUUUGUAGCACCUGUUUUAUUUUUUAUUUUGGCUCUUCAGACUGGUUUAAGUGGGCUAAGACCAGAAGAGAGACUUAUUCGCUUAAGUAGGAACAUGUGCCUUUUAUUAACUGCAGUCCUGCAUUUCAUCCAUGGAAUGACAGACCCUGUAUUAAUGUCUCUCAGUGCCUCUCAUGUGUCAUCUUUUCGUAGACAUUUCCCUGUGCUCUUUGUCUCUGCUUGCCUAUUUAUUCUUCCUGUUUUACUCAGUUAUGUUCUUUGGCAUCGUUAUGCGCUAAACACAUGGUUGUUUGCGGUUACAGCCUUUUGUGUGGAACUCUGCUUAAAAGUAAUUGUUUCUCUCACUGUUUAUACGCUAUUCAUGAUUGAUGGCUACUAUAAUGUCCUUUGGGAAAAGCUUGAUGAUUAUGUCUACUAUGUUCGUUCAACAGGCAAUAUUAUUGAAUUUAUAUUUGGAGUAGUAAUGUUUGGAAAUGGGGCUUAUACUAUGAUGUUUGAAUCAGGAAGUAAAAUUCGGGCUUGUAUGAUGUGUCUCCAUGCAUAUUUUAACAUCUACUUACAAGCAAAAAAUGGUUGGAAGACAUUUAUGAAUCGUAGGACUGCUGUUAAGAAAAUUAAUUCACUUCCUGAAGUAAAAGGGAGCCACUUACAAGAAAUAGGUGAUGUCUGUGCAAUCUGCUAUCAUGAGUUUUCAACAUCUGCUCGUGUCACACCAUGUAAUCACUAUUUCCAUGCACUUUGCCUUCGGAAAUGGCUGUACAUUCAAGAUACUUGUCCAAUGUGCCAUCAAAAAGUAUAUAUCGAAGAUAGUAUCAAGGAUAAUUCAAAUAUACCUGACAACAGUGGAUUUAUUGCACCCAAUGAAAAUCCAGAGGAAGCUGUAAGAGAGGCUGCUGUUGAGUCUGACAGGGAAUUGAAUGAAGAUGACAGUACAGAUUGUGAUGAUGAUGUUCAAAGAGAAAGAAAUGGAGUGAUUCAGCCCACAGGUACAGCAGCUGAAGAAUCUAAUGAGUACACUGACUGAUUAAAAUAGCAUUUACUAAUCAUUGAGGUUGUUAAAUUUCAGUUCAUCCAAAAUGGAGUUAAUAUGCUUCACAUCAGUGUGUAACCAAGCACAAAAAACAGUUAUCAGUGUCGAAUCUGUGAAUGGUUUUCCGUUUACUGUGAUGUGCUACUGUAAAUAUACCUCUUUAAUUACUUCUGGUCUCUUUGGUGACCUAUUUAAAUUUGUGUACAUUAUUGUACAUAGAAUAAAAUCUUUUCACGUUUUUAUGACAAAAUUUGAACAAAUAGCUUUUUAAUAGAUGUAAUGAUAAUAUGGUGUGCCAACUGUGCCAAAGAUUCCUCAAUGAAAGUGUGUAAUUCAUCUAAUUCUGGCCCCUAGUGUUUCUUUAAGAUGGGUGGGAGAGUAAAAAUGCUAAUCAGAGGAAACUACAAAAUCAAGGAAAUAAAAUAAUUUGGACCAGAGUAUAAAGGAUAUAUGUAGAAUGUUUUAUAAGCUAAGGAAAAAAGUAGGCUGCCAGAAGUGAUUGAGACUUUCUGAAAUUUUAGUGUAGCACUGUAGUUGAGCUGAGUUUGAAAGUCCAGAUUUGGAGAUUGUGAGAGUUGAGAAAAUAGGCUUAUAUCAACUUAUAUCCGGCAUGACCCAGAAUGUGUUUAAUUUUGAUGUAAAAAUCAGUAUAUUUGUUAGCCAUUCUGUGUUUGCAGCAUUGACAUAAAAAUUGUCCUUGUGGAUUUUGAAAGAAAUUAUAAAAUGAAAUACUUGGUGGC